AUGUUAUCGAUCGGGUGGUCCACUCUUUCCGGCGCUGAUAAGUUAUGGGCAGGGCGAUCGGGCCUGGCUCCUUCUUAUCCAUCUGACGAGUCUGAGGAGCAACGAUUUCAACGCUACCGAUGGAACUCCCCUUCCACUAAUAGACUAAUAGAUACCCCCUUGACUUUCGCCUUUCUUCGUACAAUCACAAGCAAGCCCUCAUUUGCGUGCGCAAGGCUCGUCGAACCCAAAGGAGCUCAUAAAAGACAGCUAAACGUGGGGCCUGUCACAAACUCAUUAACUGUUAACGAGGAUCAACUGCGAAAGCUGGGUCGUCAACAGCCGGAGAGAUACCAAUGCUACACGGGUCUUCCAAUCGGGUUGUUCAAUAUGGUAAUGCAUUGGACCUGGCAAGCGGUUUUACCUGUCCUGGGGUCAGAUACUGGCCUGAAGUCGCUAGUCUUUCGGAGAAGGGGUUAUGCCGAUGCUUUAAGGGGUUUAUUAGCAGCUCUUGACCGUCUGUUUUCUACCCCAACCCAAUCGGGAUCGGGAACUGAAAAAGUGCUUUUGCUUUCAGUUCAGAGUUCGGACAAUCCUAGCGAAUCUGAUCUCAAACCUCAGAGUAAGGGGUUUGACCCCAAACUCACUCAUUGGAUUGCCCAGCUCUUAUUUCAUCGGAGGUUUCGAAAUUAG